UGCCUGUGUGUCACUAAGCUCUGAAACCCUCUCUCACACACAGAAUAUAAAAAAGUUGGCCAAAGUCUGUCUCAGCUCCAAUAGCUACCAGACACCCAAAACAACCUCUCUCUCUUUUUAUCGCUCUCUCUCUCACACACACACACCACCCCUCACUCCUGGCACAGAGAAGACAGGACCACUGGAGAGACCAUACAUACCUCCUCCUCCUCCUCCAGUCACUCACCCAGCCAUCGCCAGACGCUAAGCCCAGGAUGUGGACUUUGCUCUUGGGGGUCACCUUUGGAUUACUGGCCUCCUCCAGGUCGGAACCGGCUCAAGCUACAGUGAAAUCACGUAGCUGCAGCCAUGCCGGAGUGUUCCACGUGGAAGGAGAAACUCGCUACUCAUUGACCUUGGACCUGGCCAAGAAGCUGUGUGAGAGCCUGGGUAUCACCAUUGCCAGCAGGGAACAGGUCAUCGAGGCCCAUGCCCAAGGCCUAGAGACCUGCAGAUAUGGUUGGAUCAGCAACGGAAACACCACCAUCCUCAGACAAAAGGCUCGUGUUAACUGUGCAAACAACACGACUGGGGUCUUCUUCCAUCAUGUCUCUCCGGAACAACCCUUUGAUGCCUUCUGUUUCAAUGCAUCAGAUUUGGCUGACAAGAACUGUGAUGCGGCCAUCAACCUUGAUUCAACAGGACCAGAGAGUGUUCAGAUGACAGAUGUAGACCUUGCCUCAGAUGCUGCAGGCCCUGAGGAUGGAGCCCAGCCUGAGGCCACCGUCAACCCCGAGCCUGACACCCAGGACACCACCUCCGCCUCUGGAGAAAAGGGAGCAGAGAGCACCACUGAGGUAAUGGAAGCAGUGGACACAGACCAGCCUGCACCCACUGAGGCCAGCCCAGUAAAGCCAACAGCAUGGGCUGAGGGUGAUGCUUCAGAAGGGGCAGCCACAGAAAGCUCUGUCAUUAAAGAGCAGGUUGAGGGGAAUGAGACCCAGGAAGCCAGCCCCACGGAGCACCCUAUGAUGGUCACUGAGAUUGAAGAAACCACUGUGUCUGGGAUGUUGCCUUCUGCCUCAGAGGAGGAGGGGGCCUCUUCUAUGGCACCACCUGUUAAAGAGCCAGGAGAACCACAGGGCCGGGCCAGAGAGGAGGAUUUACAGGAGGAGGUGGAGGUACAAGCCUCCACGCAGCCCAUUCCUAAUGGGAAGAUGAAUCCAGGUAUGGGAGCAGACCCUACUCCAGCUGGGCAGGAGAUCAGUAGCACAUCAAAUUUGCUGAUCAUUGUGGGAGUGAUUGUGGCACUGGUUGCUAUUCUCGUCACGUGUGUUGUUGUGGUCAAGUAUAAGAGCUGGUGCGGUCAGCAGCAGACCCUGAUGAUCACCAACAAGGAUGGGAAUGAGGGUAACGGUGCGGCGGCAUCAGUGGCUAGCUCCCGCGCCCAGGAGAGAGAGCAGGAGAUGGUGACCCUGAUGAACAAAGAGAAGAUCCAGGAAAACGGCAACACAGAGGAGUUCACCGUUAUCACACUGGAUGAGUCCCCAGAGAAAGGACAGCUGGCAUGAGAGAGGAGAGGAGGAGGACAAGGAGGAGAAGAGAGAGGGGGACAGAAGGAUAGAGAAAGAUGAGUAGCUAUGGGAGUGCUGACACUGGGGCAGGACUAGAGAAGGUCUGGCUGAGGGUGGAGAUGGACACUUUGGCCUGCUACCAAGCAGACAGACACAUUGAACAUGCCAGCUGGGGUUGGGUGGGGGAUUUGUAAAUAUAAGGGAUGGUUAAUACUCUAUUGAUUCUGUUGUUGUAUUCUGCGGAGAAUGGCUGGUUUGUCUCACCUUGUUACUAAGGUGCAACAUCGGAAACUGGCCAAGUCCUUUGCCUGUCUCUCAGAUGGGCUAGCUAGACUGUUAAAGCCAAGAUGAGCAGAAUGCUACUUUCUACCCUGUUAUGUCAGGUAUGUGGUUAGGAUUGGACAGUUUCCAGUCCUAUGGUUUGGACUGAGUCUCUACAGCAGGGGUGUCAACCCAGGCUUCAUACACACAUGCUGAUAUUCACCCCUGCCUUUCAAUCAGGUUGAAAUUUUACCCUGCAGACCCUGUGACACUGGGGGACUGGAGGUUGACAUCCCUGCUCUAUGCCGGGAUCUGAGUGGAGAUGUUGAAGGUGUGUGUGUGUGUGUGUGUGUGUUUGUGUAUGCACAGUAUGUACUGUAUGUGUGUAUGUAUGUGUGAGGGGAGAGAGGAAGGGUGUUGAUAAAGGCACAGGGGUGUGGGUGGGAGUUUUUAAAGGUGGGGGGUGGGGGUCUUGGUUUGCCCACCAAGACCAGUCGGAGGUUGAGGUUAAGGUUAAGGUUGAGGGGAAGGACAUUGUUGAUAGUGUGUCACUUGAAGCUUUUGAGGCAUUGAGUUGGAAAAACAGGCGUGCAGAAAUGAAAACUAAACAGACGUCGUCAAAUAAUUUGGCUGGAUGUUCAUGGGGUUAAUAUUGUUUAUUUUGGAUGGGUAAAUGUGGGACGUUGUGGCCCACUGAUGUCUAUGCUCUUUAUCAUUCCCCUGUUUUCUUUCAAUAUCAACCUUCUGUAUAUUUCAAUUGUUUCCUGUGGAUUGGGAUUUUGUUUUUUACAAGAAAACACAACGAGAUGUUAGUAUUUUAAUUUAUGCAGUUUGGAUUUUUCUUGCUAUUUUUGCUUCUGUAUAUAAUGUACACGUACUUUCCAAAUGCCUUAGCAACAGUUGUCAUUCAUCUUUUUUUGCAUGCAAUGCCCUUUAAUGAAUAAAUAAAAGCUGUCAUAUUUGAGAAUUAUUUAAUCAAAUUCAGAACCUAUGGUCUUCAAUUGUGAUAGAACAUUUGCAAUAGUCAGAGUAGAUAUUGUAUAAAUCAACUUCAUGUAUAGUAUUCAAGACUGUGCAUUUUAAAUACCUUUUUUUAUGAUGUCUAUUAACAUGGUCUGUAUAAAUAAUACAUUCAUGUUGAGUAGCGUACAGGAUUGUAUGGAAUAUCAACAGCUUUCGGAGAAUAGAUGCAAUGGUCAGAUGUGGAUGUUGGAGUACACGUAUCACAUCACCAUAUAAGUCACCUCAUGCUAUAUUGACAGAAAUGUGCCAUUUACAAUGACCUAGCAUUGUGUAGUAAUGCAUUACACUGUGAUGGAACCUAAUAACUGUUGUUAACGGCCAACAUGAAAAUCAAUGUACAAUCCUGAGGAGUGACCGCGUCCCUCACUGACAAAAUAAUUGAUCUGGCUGGACACACUGACAACAACACAUGAUCUGGACACAGAUAUUACAGUAAUGGGCAGAAGAGAAGAGCUCCAAGCACAACUCUGGAUUCUACUUCGCUGGGCUCCUUUGUAACAAAGCAGCAGAGGCCAUCUUAUUUCUGUGGCUUUCCCUGUUAUGUGCACCAGAGAGAGGGAGGUUGAUGAAUUCAUGUGUCUCUGGCUAGGAGCUCUGUGUCUCCAUACUGAUCCAGGUUCCAAUGUGCCCAUUGCUCCACACCUCCAUGUGAUUACAUAAUAAUCUGUCUCUUUCUUUCAUAGGCAAAUCACUUUUAUCUGUGAUUGUCUGUGGAUAUUAUGAAUCCUCCCAUAUCAGUUUGACAUUUGUCAUGCCUUUUGAGUAAGCGGCAGGACAAAUGUGUGUCCCAGCUCUUUUGUGUGGCUUUUUGUCUCUGUUUUUAUUCCUCUCCGAUCUUGCUCUCAUUUGAUUCACUUUGAGGAAAAUUAGAAAUUGUAUUAGGGUAGGAGUGUGUAAUGAUGAAUUAAUAAAACAUUGUUAAUGAGAAAAUAUGUGUAAAGUCAUGGAUGAAAUAAAUYUGUAUAGAGGAAAUGUU